UGUUCUAGCUACAGUUCAGUUUUCGUUGCCAUCCAAAUUCUAGUCGUUUAUUCGCAUCGUUCCAAAACGUAGAGCAUAAAUCCCCAAAUUUAAAGGUCACUCGACUGCAACUGAUCCUGCAUCCAAAGCCCCACUUCCAGAAUGUGCAUGCCGUAUCUGAAUAAGCUCUUGGGUGGUGGAGAUCGCCGGCAGCGUCGCACCCGUGAUGGAGGCAUUACACCGCUGCCCAGCCUGGCCAAUGUGACCCAGGUCUCCAUGGACACCGUCAAGUCUGCCAAAUCCGCCAAGUCGGCAAAGUCAGGGAAGUCGGCCAAAUCCGGCAAGUCCGCCAGUCGCCGCAGUGCCAAUGCCAAUGUAAAUCCGUCUGAGUCCAGUGUCAGCAGCAUUGAGGAGAAUACGGAGCAGCCUUUGGCGACCGCCUCGGUGGCCACCAGUGCUGUUCCAGCAGACGAAGCGAGAGCGCGCCGAUCCUGGUGGGGUUACUUUGGCAUGAGCAAAACCAAGAAGAACAGCAUUGAGUCGCUCUAGACAUCCGGAGAUUGGGAUCGGAGCGAAUUGCAAUGGGUCACCAGCGGAAACAUAUUCAAUUGGAACGCACGGAUGGUUAUCGAUUUCGAUUUGGAGUCUCUCUUUUAAAGCAAUCAAAAAUCACAAAGCUAUUGCUUUUUCAGUUUCGAGAUAUAAGUUAAAUUAAAAUUUUAAUUUUUGCGCCACUGGAACGCUAA